UAAAAUUGGAACUAAAAUGUUAGAAAUUUGAAAUAAAAAAAGAUAGAACCACGUAUUCUUAAAUAAUCUGCAAUAAACAGUACAAAGUUUAAUUGUUACUUGUUGCAUAAUACGUUAUGGAUUGACUGCAAACAUUUUUUUUUUAAAUAGGCGACGAGUCUGAUAUUUUAGCAAAUCCACUGUGUAAGUUGGGUAAUCUAUCUUAAAACUCAAAAUAACGUUUGAUUAAUAACCACAAAAACGGGUAUGAGUUUGUUGUGAAGGAAUGCAAGCCACACAACAUGAUGCUACAGGCUUUAAUUUGGAAUUUGGUAAAACAUGGAUCUAUCCAACAAAUUUGCCUAUCAGAAAGUACCAGAAGGAUAUUGUUGGAGAAGCCCUCUUCAAAAACACAAUGGUCUGCCUUCCCACUGGCUUGGGCAAAACAUUUAUUGCGGCAGUAGUGAUGUACAAUUUUUAUCGAUGGUAUCCAUCUGGCAAGAUCAUAUUUAUGGCAACAACUAAACCUCUAGUCAAACAACAAGUUGAUGCCUGUUAUGGCAUUGUUGCUAUUCCGAAGGAAUCUACUGCUGAAUUAACAGGAAGUGUAUUGAAACAAAACAGAACAUCAAUAUGGAAAGACAAAAGAGUCUUUUUCUUGACACCCCAAGUGCUCAGGAAUGAUUUAGAUACAAUUGAUGGACUAGGAUCUAAAAUAAAGUGCAUUGUGAUUGAUGAAGCACAUAGAGCAAGAGGUAAUCAUGCAUAUUGUGAAGUAAUCAACAAGCUGCAGGAGUUAAACAAAGAAUUCAGAGUAUUGGCUUUAACAGCAACACCUGCCUCAAAUGUGGUAGAUGUAAUUAGUAUCUGCCAGCAAUUACUGAUCUCACAUUUAGAAGUCCGUACAGAGAAUUCUGCAGAUGUGCAACCUUAUUCACAUCAAAAAUCAAUACAAACAAUUGUGCUCAAAUUGGAUGGGAAAUUAUCUGAAGUAAUCAAUGACUACAAAAAAAUUCUAGACAAAUAUGUGAGAAUUUUGGUGGAGAAUAAAGUGAUACAUUCUAAUUUCAGUUCCUUGCACAAAGGCAGAUUAUUUUACUUAUCCAAAGAGUAUCAGGAAAAAAAUACACAUAAUAGAUCCACUGAAAAAUAUAAACUAAUCACAAAAGUGUUUGCUACUUGCACAAUCUUGUAUCACGCUUAUGAUUUACUUCUAAGGCAUGGAUUAAGAAGUUUUGUACGAUUUUUUGAAGAAAGUAUCAACAAACCAUUGCUUACGAGCUGUUCUUCCGAAAUUCAACAACUUGUGGAUGAUAUAACGAACUAUGUUGGUCCACCUUUAAUUUGCGACAAGUUACCAGAUGGAUCUCAUUUAAAACUUCCAGAGAAUUGCAAAUUUGGUCAUCCAAAGUUCUACAAAUUACGUGAAAUACUCAGCCAGCAUUUUGCCACGCACGACGUUAAAAGUAAAGUAAUAAUUUUCUGCGAAUAUAAAGACUCUGUGGCGGAAGCGUAUGCUGCACUUCUUGAUCAGCCAUCAGUCAAACCUAAGAUGUUCAUGGGUCAGAGCAGCAUCACACAGAAACAGCAGGUGAACAUAAUCGAUUCAUUUCGCAGCGGAAAUUUCAACACUCUCAUUUCCACCUGCAUCGGUGAGGAGGGUAUUAAUGUUGGUUUUGUGGACAUAGUUAUAUGCUUCGAUAUUUCCAACAAGUCUUCGGUGCGUUUUAUACAACGCAUUGGGCGUACUGGUCGCGAUCGCAAUGGACGCGUUGUCAUCUUGGUGUCUGAGGGAAGAGAACAGCAAGUUCUCAAAGACUGUUUACAGGAAAAGCAGCAUCUUUCUAACGCAUUGAUACAUUCGCAGAAUAUUGAUGAUAAGUUGUAUAAAGAUAAUCCCAAAAUGAUUCCUGAUGGGUUGUCGCCGGAAUGUCAGGAGUUGUUUAUUGCACCCAAGAAAGUUAUGAAACUAACCAAUUAUUUCACAUCCACUGCUGCUAGUUCUACAAUGUUGGAAACCAGAAUGCAUGAUUCAAUUAUGAAAACAACUAAGUCUGAAUUAAGAAAUAUCAGCAAUUUUAUCCCUAAAACAAAGUUUUUCAUUUUAAAUGAUGAUGAGUCGGAGGUUGAUAACGAUUGUUUAGUUUUUAACAAACAUUUAAAUUUACAACGCACUACAUGCUCUGUGAAUGUGCCAAGUUCUUCUAAAACUGAUAUAUUUAUUGAUAUAAUGAGACAUAUUGAUUAUUCUCGCUUCAACAUCAAAUCGAAAAAGCUAGACACUCCACAACCUUCGAAGAAAUCUACUCGGAUUGCUGCGAAAAAACAAACGGAUAUACGAAACAUGUUCAAACAAUGUUCGCAAAUAUCGGCAGCCGUACCAGAUGAGAAGGAACUUGGCAUAGAAACGCUUUUAGAAGCCAAAAUUACCAGUAUUUUGGCGAAUCGGGAAGAUUGCGGUUUAUGUGGUAAAUUUGAGAGUGAUUUAAACAUCAAGAGAGAUUUGGUACCAAUUGGUUAUCUCAACUUAAAAAUUGAUCUCAAUUUUGAUGCAACAAGCAUUUGUAAUUUGCAGUACCAAAUUAGUGAGAAAUUAAACAAGAAUAAAGAAAAAGAAUGUCAAAGUCAAGAAAAUAUAUACAACGAGCCUGUUACUAUUACGAAUUUGCCGGAAGAAAGUCCUAUAAAAAUACAUGAACUAGAAGAAUCUCAUGAUAAUAAAAUUGUAAAUGCCUCGCAUGAAUCACCGGAUUUGUUCGAUGAAGAAUUACCAGUGUUCAGUCCACCAAAAAUAAGUAAUGGGGUAAGUGCAUCGACUGCGCAAAUUCAUGUUGUAGAUGAAGAUAUUAUUGAAGCGUCGCCCUCGCCGCUGAUAAACAAACGCAAAGCGUCGCAGACACAAUCGAUUGGUUCAAUGCGAGCCAAGAAACGCAUAAAAUUUGAUUGUACUGAUAUUUUUGAUGCAUCCUCCAUAGUAAAACCGCCAACAAAAAUUAUCCCACAGAAUUUAUUAGAUAUUAAACCAAAUAAUAGCAAAUCAUCUCCGAAAAUUAAAGUGCAAGCAAAUGAUUUGUUUGAUUUUGAUGUGAUACCGAAACCUGCAAUUUCUGAAACAAGGAGAAAAAAAUUUAUUGCCAUUGAUUUGCUAGAUAUGAGUAUACUCAAGCAAAAAACACCUACAAUCAUGAAUGAACAAAAUGAAUCUGCGAAAACGGCAAAAAAGAAAAAAAUCACGGCAAAUGAUUUAUUCAAUGUAUUACCAACUAGUCAAUUAUCAGAAAAUGAAGGUUCCUCAUCACCCAACUUAAGUUCGUUUAUUCCGCCGGCGGACCCACCUGUACUACCAAAGUUGAACAAGUCGAAGAAACAAUUGUCAUGCUUUGAUAUCUUGGACACGUCGCUGUUAAAGAAAGCAAGUCCGAAGAUAAAUUUAAGUGUUUUGAAAAGUCCAACUUUGUUCACUCCAUCGAAUAAACUAAACUCUGAAAAAUCAAAUGAAGACCUACCACAAUUGGCUAGUGCUGGCAGUAGUACAUCACUAUCAAGUAUAGAAAUGGUCAAAGGAGUGAAAACACUUAAAAGCAAGAUGACCGCAAAGCGCGCGCGUCAAUUCAUCGAUUCGGAAGCGGAGGUUUCGUCCGAUGAAAUGCACAGUGCCGACGAGCACGUUAGCAGUCAAGAUGGAUACGACUCUAGUUUUGUUGACGACGAUGAUGCUAAGAUUGCGCCUGCCACCCAAACACAAGCAAUGUAUUUACAAAGUGUUCGAAGUCCAUUCACGCGGGCAAAACCUCUAAUAAGGCCGGCUGUCAGACAUGUGGAUGAUACAAUAUUCCAAGAAACAGUUGAUUUGACCUACGCUAAAGAUUCGUUUUGCAUCGAUGACGAUUCGGUCGAAUUAGAAGUUGAAAGUUUAGAUGAACUAGAAAAAGCUGAGUUGGAAUUGAAAAACAGACGCAAGAAUAAGAUUACAGCCAAGCAGGAUGUUGGAAAAAGGAAAAGAAUUCGUAGAAUUGAGUCGGACUCAGAUUAGGGAAUGAUAUAGUGUUACGCAUAUAUAUUUUUUUUAUAUAAAUGUAUUUUUUGAAGAAAAA